CGAAUUGUCUGUUAACGUCUUGGGAUAAGGGACAAGACAUUCACCAAACUAACAGCUGUUUCUAACGGUUUUCCUGGCAAUAUCGGAUUGUGCAAAACAAAAAAGGAGCUUGUCGGAGCGGGUGAAUGCUUAGCGCGGAUGGACCGGUGAAAUUUGUAAAAUUCACCCAAACCGAUCUUCUCUUCAUUCCGCGAGCAAGCCAUUAGAAUGCCGGCAUAUUUCCAACGACCGGAGAAUGCUCUCAAACGAGCAAAUGAGUUCUUGGAGGUUGGCAAAAAGCAGCCAGCUUUGGAUGUUUUGUACGAUGUCAUCAAGAGCAAAAAACAUCGAACAUGGCAGAAGAUCCAUGAGCCCAUCAUGCUCAAGUACCUGGAGCUCUGCGUUGACCUGCGCAAGAGUCACCUGGCCAAAGAGGGCCUCUACCAGUACAAGAACAUCUGCCAGCAGGUGAACAUCAAAUCCCUGGAGGAUGUGGUUAGAGCCUACCUAAAAUUGGCAGAGGAGAAGACUGAGACAGCCAAGGGAGAGUCACAGCAGAUGGUUCUGGACAUUGAGGAUCUUGACAACAUCCAGACUCCUGAAAGUGUGCUUCUGAGCGCUGUGAGCGGUGAGGACACCCAGGAUCGUACAGACCGACUGCUGCUUACACCCUGGGUGAAGUUUCUGUGGGAAUCCUACCGGCAAUGUCUGGACUUGCUACGUAACAACUCCAAGGUGGAGCGCCUCUACCAUGACAUUGCCCAACAAGCUUUCAAGUUCUGCCUUCAAUACACCCGCAAGGCCGAGUUCCGGAAGCUGUGUGACAAUCUGCGCAUGCACCUGGGUCAGAUUCAACGGCACCACAACCAGAGCACGGCCAUCAACCUCAACAAUCCAGAGAGUCAGUCCAUGCACCUGGAGACCCGUCUGGUGCAGCUAGACAGCGCCAUCGCCAUGGAGCUCUGGCAGGAAGCUUUCAAGGCUGUCGAAGACAUCCACGGCCUGUUUGCCCUUUCCAAGAAGCCCCCCAAGCCCCAACUCAUGGCUAAUUAUUACAACAAGGUGUCCACUGUGUUUUGGAAGUCUGGCAAUGCUCUGUUCCAUGCCUGCACCCUCCAUCGCCUCUAUCACCUUUCCAGGGAGAUGCGCAAGAACCUCACCCAAGAGGAGAUGCAAAGAAUGUCCACUCGGGUUCUCCUGGCCACGCUGUCCAUCCCCAUAACCCCAGAGCGCACGGAUAUCGCCCGCCUGUUGGACAUGGACGGCAUCAUCGUGGAGAAACACCGCAGACUGGCCACACUGCUUGGCCUGCAGUCCCCACCUACACGCCAGAGCCUCAUUAACGACAUGGUGAGGUUCAAUCUGCUGCAGUACAUUGUACCCGAAGUGAAGGAGUUGUACAACUGGCUGGAGAUGGACUUCCACCCGCUGAAGCUGAGCGGUAGAGUCACAAAGGUUCUGAACUGGGUGAGGGACCAGUCAGAGAAGGAGGCGGACCUCCAGCAGUAUGUUCCCCACCUGCAGAGUAACACCAUUCUCAGACUGCUCCAGCAGGUGGCUCAGAUCUAUCAGAGCAUUGAGUUCAGCCGUCUUGCCUCCCUGGUUCCAUUUGUGGAUGCCUUCCAGUUGGAACGCUCCAUUGUGGAUGCAGCCCGACACUGCGACCUGCAGGUUCGAAUUGACCAUACCACUCGAAACCUGAGCUUUGGUUCGGACCUGAACUACUCCACCAAAGAGGACUCUCCGGUGGGGCCGUUCCUGCAGAACAUGCCCUCUGCACAGAUCAGGAACCAGCUGACUGCAAUGUCCUCCUCCCUGGCCAAAGCCAUCCAGGUCAUCAAGCCUGCAUCCAUGCUGCAAGACCGUGAGGAAAAGAGCCAGCUGGCCAUCACUGCCUACCUAAAGAACGGCCGCAAAGAGCACCAGCGCAUCCUGGCACGCCGACAGACCAUUGAGGAGCGCAAGGAGCGCCUGGAGAACCUCAACAUCCAGCGGGAAAAGGAGGAGCUGGAACAGCGUGAGGCAGAGCUGCAGAAGGUGCGCAAAGCUGAGGAGGAGCGCCUGCGCCAGGAGGCCAAGGAGCGUGAGAAGGAGCGCAUCAUGCAGGAGCAUGAGCAGAUUAAGAAAAAGACUGUGCGAGAGCGGCUGGAGCAGAUCAAAAAGACAGAGCUGGGUGCCAAGGCCUUCAAAGAUAUCGACAUCGAGGACCUUGAGGAGCUGGACCCUGACUUCAUCAUGGCCAAGCAGGUGGAGCAGCUGGAGAAGGAGAAGCGAGAACUUCAGGACCGUUUGAAGAACCAGGAGAAGAAGAUUGACUACUUUGAGAGGGCAAAACGUCUGGAGGAGAUCCCUUUGAUCAAGAAGGCCUAUGAGGAGCAGCGUGUCAAGGACAUGGAGUUAUGGGAGCUUCAGGAGGAGGAGAGGAUCAGCAACAUGAAGAUUGAGCGUGAAAAGGCCUUGGAGCACAAGCAGAGGAUGUCCCGAAUGAUGGAGGAUAAAGAGAACUUUGUAGCCAAAAUAACAGACGCUCGCAGCUUCAUCUAUGAGGAAAAACUGAAACAGUUCCAGGAGCGUCUGGUGGAGGAGAGGAAGAAACGCUUGGAGGAGAGGAAGAUCCAGCGAAAGGAGGACCGCCGCAAUACCUAUUACCGCCAGAAAGAGGAGGAGGCCCAGCGCAUCCAUGAGGAGCAGCUCAAAAAAGAGCGAGAGGAGCGCGAGCGCAUUGAGCAGGAGCAGCGCGAGGCAGAGGAGGCGGAGUACCAGGAACGCCUGCGAAAGCUGGAGGAGCAGGAGAGGAAGCAGCGCGCCCGUCAGCAGGAGAUUGAGGAGCGUGAGCGCCGCAGGGAAGAGGAGCUGAGGGCCCCUGUGAGGUCUGAUGAGAAACCCAGAGGAGAAACCAAGGACUGGGGCUCUGAAAAGGAGGAGGGGGGAGGAUGGAGGAAGCGAACCGACGGUGAAGCAGAGAGGCGUCGCCCGGGGCUGGAUAGUGACGCCGUGCCAGAUAAGGACUGGAGGUCUGAGGCCCGCGAUGAGGUUGAAGACCGAGAGCCCUCUUUCAGAAGAGGGGACGGGCCUCGCCGCGGCACCACAGAAGACCGUGGACCUCCGCGCAGGGGCUUCGGGGAUGAUGAUCGCCCGGCCCGCCGGGGCAUGGAUGAUGACCGCCCCCAGAGGAGAGCUUUUGGGGACGAUGACCGUGGUCCCAGGAGGGGAGGGGAUGAGGACCGAGCUCCUCGUCGAGGCUUCGACGAUGGUCCAAGACGAGGCUUCGAUGAAGACCGGCCUCCCCGCCGCGGCUUUGAGGACGGUCCCCGCAGAGGAAUGGAUGAUUCCAGAGGCCCAAGGCGCGGGGCCGAUGAUGACACCUGGGGCCCCAGGAGAGGAGGUGAUGACGAACGGGGUGGGGCUCGUGAUGAGAAACCUUGGAAGCCCGCCAUCCGGCCCGUUGCUCCUGUGUCGUCUUCAGGUGGUGGCUGGCGCGAGAGGGAGAAGGCCCGUGAGGAGAGCUGGGGCCCGCCCCGCAAAGACGGCAACGAGGGCGAGAGAGACGAGAAGCCGGAGAGCGACCGCUUCCGAGAGCGCCGCCCACCCAGGUCAGACACACAGGAUGAAGUUGGGGGUGGCGGUGCCUGGAGGAGGCUUGGUGCUGACGACGAGCCUCCCAGGAGAAGCUGGAGAGACUCCACUCGCACCGAAGAACCCGACCGUGACGACCGUCCUCCAAUCCGCCGAGAGCGACCCGAGCGCAGGGAUGACCGUCCCCCGCCCAGCAGAGAGCCCGAAGAAGGGGGCUCUUCUUGGCGCAGAGCCGGCGACGACAAGCGUCCGGAGCGUAAAGAGGAACGUCCAGCUCCCUCCAGACCCAGGGAGGUUGAGCGUGAAGCAGAUGGGGAGAAGAACUCCUGGCGCUCGGAGAAAGACAAAGAGAGCGCCGGUCGCCCCAAGAAGACCACCGAAGAAACCGACGACGACGGCUGGACCACCGUGGCCCGCCGCUGAGUCCGCCCUUGCUCUGAGCAUCUGCUUCCAAAUGCCCCCACAAUGGCUAAUGUACCCCCUCGAUGCCGCCAGCCUAUUAGUGGUUUAACCUUGGCACAAGCUUAUUAAAACUUUGGCAUAGCACAGCUGUUUAAUUGUUAUACCAAAUGUGUCAUCACCAGCUAUCGCUAUUGCCAUUGAAAUGUAUUUUGUUAAAGCGGCUUCUUAAUCAAAAAAAAUAAUAAAGUUAAUUCCCAUUUUUGAUGUGCAUGCUUAGAGUAUUCAAUUGGUCUCUAUCUAGUGUGUGUUCUAACUGAAAGCAUUCAACCAUUUUUGACACCAUGAGUUGCAUGUUUCUAGAUAAAACCUUUAAUAAAGUUCUUGGCUCAACAACUGA